AUGGGGUCUACGGGGACAAAUGCGAAUCAGAUUGACGGUGUCGGGGGUGCUACGUCUACGACGUCGAAGGUAGCUGUUAUUGAGAAGUCUCGAGUCCCCGGUGUCGAUGCCGAUUAUACGUUUGUUCAAGUAGCCCCGGAUCAGGCCAAGAUAGACAUGACGGGGAACUGUGGUAACAUUGCCUCUGGAGUGGGACCGUUCGCUCUGGACGAGGGAAUUGUGAGGGCAAAGCCGGGGCAGUCAGAGAUCGACGUUCGAAUUCUGAACACCAACACCGGGCAGAUCAUCGUGGAAACCGUGCAAGUGGCCCCCGACGGAAGGUUCCAAGAGGAUGGCGAUUACUGUAUUCCCGGCGUUCGAGGCACGUCGAGUCCCAUUAAAGUCGCAUUCCUAAACCCGGGGGGAAGCAUGACCGGCCGGACGUUUCCCAGCGGCAUGCCACAAGAGACGCUCACGGUUUUCUCUCCCCAUGUCGGAGAGUUUCACGUCCGAGUCAGUCUAAUAGACGUGGCGAAUCCAUUUGUCCUGGUCGAUGCAUCCUCGUUAUCCAUCACAGACCACCCCACGUGGCCGGACCCAAACGAUGCCCUAUUCCUGUCCGUUGUCGAAGAUAUCCGCCGCACAGGGGCGGUGCGCAUGGGACUGGCUCCCGACCUAGAGACGGCGGGCCAAGUACGAGGAACGCCAAAGAUCGCAUUUGUGUCGAGGGUAGCAGAAGAUGACACGGAUGCAGAUAUCCAGAUCCGUGCCUUCUCGAUGGGAAAACCUCAUCCAAGCCUCCAGUUGACUGGUGCAGUGUGCCUCGGUGCAGCCGUCUCGAUCUAUGGCACCGUUGCAUGGGACCUAGCGGGUAGAAGAGGAAGCAGCAAACAGCCGAAGCACGGAAUGGUGGUCGAGGGCCUUGAAUUUGCGCCUCCGUUGCCCGUGGGCAUUCGAACCCCUGCGGGUGUGAUUCAUGCAGAGACACUCUUGCGAAUGGAUCCGCAGGUGGAGAUUCAUGUGGAAAAGGUAGCGGUUUUUCGGACAGCGCGUCGGCUUUUCGAGGGAAAUGUAUUUUAUAGAGGAUGA